UCGAGCUGCAGCACACCAGAGAGCUGUGCUCGUCGAGCCAACGGUCGUCGCCGGCGAUCGCACAAACUGUCUCAUCGGACUAAUGCCAGGGCCUAAUUAACACGCGCCAAUCUGGCUAAAAAUGGCCGUGUGAGUCAUCCAAGUGUUUUAACGUUGACGCCACGCAGAUUUUUCUCGCCUCUGAAUCCCGCAAACUGCCUAAAAAUUGGCUCCGAAACCUUCCUUGGCGCCGUCCGCAGCGGGCUGUUUUUGUCACCACUCACUCCACUCAUGGGUUUCUAACUCACGGCCAGCCGUGAAAAUAGCCUUAUUCACAGGAGAAGGUAUUUUUACUCCGCUAAUUAAUUAUUCAAAAAAUUAAUUGGAUUGGAAGACGCAUGCGCGCCCUGCAUUUCCGACCGCAAAGCAUCUUGGGUAAUUUGUCUGCUAGAAAAAAAACUGUCAUGGCGAUGUUGUUUUGGUUCUAUGAAGUAUUGUGCUGCGUGUGAUUUCUUCUCUAUUGGAUACUCUUAUUUCUCAGCAUCGGAUGUGUAUGAACCUUUAGACACAUGCAAAAUUUGCAGAUGAUAAAUUAUUAUGAAGUAUUGGGUGUCUCAUCCACAUCCUCUCGUGAAGAGAUUAAAAAGUCCUACCACAAUUUAAUCCGCGAAUAUCAUCCUGACAAAAAUAUGGACCAAUGUAGCAUGAAUUUUCGUCUUAUUGAUGAAGCAUGGAAGACACUUAGUGAUGACAAUCUUCGAAGGAAAUAUGAUGCAGAGCUUACAGCAUUAGAGCUUUGCAAUGCUCAUCCUGUGCAGGAAGAAAUUAGUCUUUCAAAUGCUUUUUACAAUUCUGAACUCAAACAAUAUGAAAAAGACUGUAGAUGUGGUGGAAAAUAUAUUUUGUCAGAUACUGAAAUUUGUGAUGAAUUAAUACUUCUUGACUGUGAUAAUUGCUCUUUGAGUAUUAUUAUUGAUUGUACAGUAAAUGAGAUUAAUAAAAAUGCAAAUUCUUGACAGUA